GAAGUCUAAUCUUACUCCGUUCUCUUCCUCUUACCUGCAGUUAGCUUGUACUGGGUCGUAUCCUGGUUCACUAUGGCUCAAGCCGUGCAAAAACUCAUCGCCAAAGUACCGACUUUAGUUGGCGCCGCUGUCACAUACUCUAAACCACGUCUGGCGACCUUCUGGCACUACGCCCGAGUGGAGCUGGUCCCUCCAUCACCUGCUGAGAUCCCCAAAGCCAUAGAGGCCGCCCAGGGCCUCAUAAAGAGCUACCAGACAGGACGUGUGGGACAAACCACUGUCAAGGAUGCCCUAAGGAAUGGAUUGGUGACCACUGAGGUGUUGAUGUGGUUCUUCAUUGGAGAAUGCAUAGGCAAAGGGGGUCUGAUUGGAUAUGAUGUUUAAUUUUUGAACCGGUCUUGUUCCGAUUGCACUAAUGAUCAACACAGUCUUAACAUUCUGCACUAAUUUGUCAAAUAAAUAAAUAAAAUUUAAAAUGAAUGUCUAUUUUGAGAAA